AUGAUAAUGUCAUUACAAUCCAAAAAUAGAUUAAAACUCAUAAUACCAAAUAAUCAACCCAAUGGUAAAAUAUUAAAAACUUGUUCGAGAUGUAGACUUCAUAAGACUAAAUGUGACGCAAUCAAGACUGAUCCAUUACCUUGUUCACAUUGUCUCAAGAAAAACCUCAACUGCACGUUGGAUAUAAUCAAAAAACCAAUUACUAGGUCAAAAUCACUCGAUAUUAUAGAGAAAUUGAAUAUUGAAGUCCGUGAAUUAAAUCAAAUUUUGGAUUCUUAUAUAAGUAGAAAGAAUGCUAUAACUGCAACUAAAUUAAUCGUACCAACUCCCUCCAUUUCUGAAAUUCAAUCAUGUAUCACAACUAUUGAAGAAAUACCGUCAAUUUCAACGCAUGGUGAAUUCACUAUUUCAUCAAAUGUGCAAAUUAAACCGGUAUCAUUAAUGGAAUCACAAGUAGCAUCAUUAUUCAGAAUCUAUGAAGAGAAUUUCAAUCAAUAUCUUCCCAUUUUUUCAUCUGAAUUUUUCAAAUCAGAUUUAAAACAGCUUUAUGAUGAGAAUAAGUUAUUAUUUUGGUCAAUCAUAACUACGUCAUUAUUAACUACUAAUCUGUCAGAUAUGUAUCAGGUUUCAAGCUCACAUUUGAAAUCAUUAGUUGUUGAAUCAAUAUGGAUGAGUACUCCACGUUCAGUAUAUGUUAUAUCUUCAUUGUUAAUACUCACAACUUGGCCAUUGCCGAACUACAACUCCAUUGAAGAUAAUCUAACUAUCAAAUUUGUUUCAAUCAUGAAGAGUCUUAGCUUGCAGUUUGGUCUUCAUAAAUUGGAAUUCAUAACUGAAUUUUCCCACAAGACUAAGAUUAAUGUGGAUAAUGUUAUAAGGGAAAGGUUUUAUAAAUUAGUUAAUAUUAAUUCUAAUUAUUGGAUUAUGUAUUUGGGUAUUUCAAAUAAUAAUUACAAUGGAUUCAUGAAUGAUUAUAUUAUAAACAAGGCGACAAAUAAGGACAUCUACAAUCAAGAACUAGAAAAAGAGGAUAAAUUUAUAAAUUCAAUGCUUAAGAUAUCUAUGAUACAAUCUAAAUUGAAUGAAAAUAUGAAUAAUUUAAUCAGUGUCAAGAUUUCACCAGGUGCAAAUACUAGUAAAUUGAUAAAUUUUAACAUGUUUGAAAUUAUAAUUGAUGAUUUGAAUAAAUUACUCGUGGAUAAUAACAACUAUUUAAACAAUUUGAUACAGGUUUCGAUUCAAUAUUCUAAAUUACAGUUGUUUAUUUAUGCCAUGUCCAAAUCUGAAAUAACAAAACAGGAGUAUGAAGUUUAUAUUAGGAAAGUGAUUGCUUGCUGUUUUGAAAUUAUACUGUUGGUUUCAGGAAAUUAUACUGCUUUGUCUAUAUAUUAUAAAUUUCCAAUUGAAUUGACUGCUUUGAUACUUCUCAGAAUUUACAAAUCUGAAAUAUUGGAAAUUGAAGAACAUGAACAAGUAAAAACUCAAUUUAAAAAAGUAUACGACUUGAUAUCACUGAAUGAACCAUUUCAAUUCUUGAAUGAAAAGUUAUUUAAGAUUAUAGACAAGUUUGAUAAAUUGGAUAAUGAAUUUAUUGUCUCAAAACAAGUUGAUAUUGAUACUGAUGAACCAUCAUUUUUUUUAAUUAAUAAAAUGAAGAAUUAUCUUGUUGGUAGUUUAGUUUAUGAAAUGACAUACUUGAUACAUGAAUCAGAAAAGGACAAUAUAGAGACCAAUGGUACCAAUGAAUCUAUAUUUUAA